UGCACCUUGCCUUGGCGCUUCUACCAUCGCACCAUCCAAUACUUUGUCGGAGUCAGAACCAAAGCCAUGCGCCGUCUAGCCAUUCCCGAGGGCGAUCUCUUCCAUGUGGGGGAGCUUUACCUGCCGCUCUACCAGAGCUGUGGGAAUCCCUCUCCUGCCAUCUGGCGCACCCUUCGUUACAAUCACCUCCUGCUUCCUAAUGGGUUACCGUACUUUUAUAGUGACAGGUGGCAGCUGCGCAGCGUGCCACAUGGUGGUGAUUCUUCAGAGAUUUUCUCAGGCAGCCCUGCUGACGGGCUGGGUAAUGCAAGCGUGGGAUUCGGAGGGCGGGGAAAUUUGUCGAAGGUUUUUCCGCUGCCCAGGGAUUGGAUUGUGGUGGUGGUGCAGCGGCUUGGGGCCAAGGGCAGGACGAUGAAGCAGUUCGGGCAGCUGCUGGGGGCAGUGGAGAAACUUUUCGGGGCGGGCAGAGUCCGAAUAUUCAACGGCACUCAGAGUGUCUAUGACACUCGUGAUCUUUUCAGCAAGGCCCGUCUUCUGGUGGCUGGGCAUGGGGCGGGGAUGUCCCAUAUGAUCUUUAUGCCGCCCAACGGUACAGUACUGGAGAUUCGCCCGGAUACGUAUGAUAACGCCUGCUUUCAUCAUCUUUCACAUGCCUGCGAUUUGAAUUACUAUCUUGUUUUUGGGAAGGGUGCCCGGCUGAAGCCUUUGACGUUUGAUAAGCAGAAAGUGGUGAAGGUCUUGAGACAAAUAAAGCAGAGCUUUGGACAUCCUCGUUAUUGGUAGCCAUCGUUUAUACACCAUUUUCCCUGAGUUGAGUUGAG